AUGUCAAAAUCACAAGAGGUGGAGGCUUUUGGAGGGGAUUGUCGAGACCCAUCUGGUGUUCUCUCUCCCUUCACGUUUUCAAGAAGGUUUGUGACCGAAGUGGGUAAGAACGUACAAAAGUUCAAAGUUGAAGACAAAGUGGGCGUGGGAUGCUUGGUAGGGUCAUGUUGGAAAUGUGAGAGCUGUGCUAACAGCAUUGAAAAUUAUUGUCCUGAACAAAUGCUCACAGACAGUCCCCCCUACGUUGAUGGAAUCAUAAUCCAUGGGUGUUUCUCUGAUCACACGGUCGCCGACGAGCACUUUGUGCUUCGUUGGCCGGACAACUUACCUCUAGAUUUCGGCGCUCCUCUCCUUGGUGCAGGAAUCACAAUGUACAGUUCAUUGAGGUAUUUUGGACUCGACAUGCCAGGUAUGCACAUUGGGGUGGUGGGUCUAAGAGGACAUGGCCAUUUAGUUGUGAAAUUUGUAAAGGCACUUGGUGGUAAAGUGACAGUGAUUAGUACAUCCCCUGAAAAGAAAGAGAGAGCUAUAAAAAACCUUGAUGUUGACUCAUUUUUGGUCAGUAGUGACCCCGAUCAGAUGCUGAUUGCAAUGGACACACUAGAUGAUAUCAUUGAUACUGUCCCUGCAAUUCAUCCUCUUCAACCUUUAAUUGAUCUAUUGAAAAUCCAAGGAAAGCUUGUUAUGAACGGUGGACCAUUGGAGCCUCUAGAUCUGCCAAUGUGUUCUUUGAUUCUCGGUCGAAAAAUAGUGGUUGGGAUUGACAUUGGAGGGUUGAAAGAAAUGCAAGAGAUGCUUGAUUUUGCAGCAAAACACAAUAUUACAGCAGAUGUGAAGGUUAUUCCUAUAGACUACGUGAACACAGCAAUGGAACGUCUCGAUAAAAACGAUGUUAAAUACCGAUUUGUUCUGGAUAUUGAAAGCACAUUGAAGAUUGCUUAA